AUGGCCGAUUCCUCGUUUUUUCAACAAACUUAUUGUAUCGACUAUAAUGGAUGGGUUACGGUGAGUUUUGGCGGGAAAAUUUGAAAUUUUCGAGGUUCCCGAGGCUUCUGAAGCUUGAAAAGGCUCCCAAAAUCAUCCAAAGCUUAGAAAAUACCUUAGAAAUGUCGCUAAGGUCCCUAGACCUUAAAAAUCGUCCUAAAAAGCUCCCAGAAGCUUCCCAAGCCUCCCAGAGGCUUCCCAAGCCUCCCCAAGGGCCCCCCGGGGCUCCCAAGCCUCUCCAAGGCUUCCCAAGCCUCCCGGAGGCUUCCCAAGGCUUCCCAAGGCUUCCCAAGGCUUCCCAAGGCCCCCGGGGCUUUCCAAGGGCCACCGGGGCUUCCCGACCCUUCCCGACCCUUCCCAAGCCUCCCCCCUUCCCAAAUUCCCCAAAACCCGCUUUUUUUCCAGGGUUCCUCACCCGCACCGCCACCCAAACAAAUCGAUUUCGACUCUCAAACCAUUCCCGAACUCAUCUACACAAAAUCCACGUCCGACCGUGUUUGCACAGUCUUCGAUGCCGAAAAAAUCACGUACACAUUCGCAAAAAUGCGGCAAGAAAUGGAAAAUCUCGCCGCAGGCCUGAUAUCGAUCGGCCUGAAACAAGGCGAUCGAAUUCUGAUAGCCGGAUCGAAUCACUCGCAAGUUCUGAUAAGUUCCCUAGCUUGCGCUAGAGCUGGGCUGGUUUUCAGUCUGGUUAAUCCGAAUUUCGCCAAAAGUUCUCACUUAAAACGGGCCUUGGUAUUGGGCCAAUUUCGGGCUGUUGUCUGCUUUCAGGCUCAUCAAUUUGGGCCUGAUCAUUUGAAUAGUUUGCUGUUGGAAAUUGCGCCGGAGCUGAUGAAAUGUCGAAAAGGAGAGCUGAAAAGUGAGCAGGUUCCGAAGUUGAGUCAUGUGAUUUUGGCUGAGGAGGAACAUAAACAUGCGUGAGUUUUUGAAGGGGGACGGGGGUUCAAUAGAGCGCACUUGCAUUUUUUUGACUAAAAAUUCAAAAAUUUCUCACAGAAAUUAUGAUUUUUAACUAAAUAUUCAAAAAUUUCAUGAAACACAAUAGUGUUCAAUAGAGCGCACUUGCAUUUUGUAUCGAGAAAAUCUAGAUUUUCACUAAAAAUUUGAAUUUUCUCUCACAAAAUUAGGUGAUUAUUAGAGCGCACUUGCAUUUUCAAUUUAUUUUUCGGUCAAAAAUUCAAAAUUUUCUACAGAAAUUGUUAUUAGCAAUAGAGCGCACUUGCAUUAUUUUUGACUGAAUUUUUGAAUUUUCGACAAUGAAUCGUGGUGUUCAAUAGAGCGCACUUGUAUUUUAACAUGUUUUCGGUUCAAAAUUUGAAUUUCUUUAUAAAAUAGACUAUUAACAGUAGAGCGCACUUGCAUUCUUCUCAUAUAAAAAUUUUAUUAGGUUUUUAGGCUUAGCCCUGAAGCCCUAAAAUUAAAAAAUGCAUGAAACAUCGUAGUGUUCAAUAGAGCACGCGGAUAGCUAUCUAAUAACGCGGAUAGCUAUCUGGCCACUGAAGCAGUGCCGCUGACGCGCAAGCUUCCGGAAUCUCAAUAUUUCCAGCGGCACCUUCACCCUCUCCGAAGUCUUCCUCAAAUCCUCGCCCGACAAAAUCCUCCGCCUCCUCCCCGACUACACAAAAUGGUCACCACACAAGCUCGCCUGCCUUCAAUUCACCCUGGGCACCACCGAACACCCAAAACUCGUCGCCCUGUCGCAUUAUCAAAUGUUGAAUGGUGCACGAGCUGUUGCGGGAGCUUUUGGUAUCCAGCAACAUCAUGCGAUCGCUUGCGCUCUUCCGAUUUUCCGCAUCGCCAUCUUCAAUUUGGUGUGCCUCUCGCCGUUCUUGACAGAAUGCCGUGUAAUAUUCCCCGAGCCAAGUCCAUUGCCAAAAAACCUAUUUGCAAGUGUCUCCAAAUACAGUUGCACAACCCUGUUGUCCAAUGGAGCAGCUUUGCGACUUCUCCUCAAAAUCAGUCAAAAUCAGCGAGUUAAGCUAAGUGCACUCGAGAAUAUUUUGCUGAUUGGCGACCGAGUUUCCAAAGAAGUCCUGCGGCUCAUUAAAAUGCAGGCGGAAAAUGUGAAGAUCAUAGCGGUGGGUUAUUUGUUGACGGAAACCGCGAGUAUUCCGCUGAUGGGUGAUCAGAAUACGGAUUUCACGCGGAAUGUUGGCAAAGCGAUUGCGGGGUAUGAGACGCGGUUGGUGCCGCUUGCGGAAAGCGGAGCGGAAGAAGUUGGAGUAGGACAGUUGGGCAGGUUGUUGAUACGGGUUUAUUAUGGAAGUGUGUUUAUGGGAUAUGCGCCGGAUACGAAGGGAUCGGAGAAAUGGGUGGAUACAGGGUGAGUGAAAGGGGGGGGGGCUGACGCAUUCUUGGUAGCUACAGAAAAUGCGCAAGCUAAAUAUUGACUGGCGUAGGUUUUGUAGCUGCUAAGGCACACACCCAGGGAGGGUAGCUACAAAAAUUGCGCCAGGGAAAGGUCAGGCUGACGCAAAUUUGGUAGCUGAAGAAGAGUAUAUAGUUAAAGCUGACGUAUUUUUGAUAUAUAGCUACAGAAAAUGCGUCAGCUAAGCUUUAGACUGGCGCAGGUUCUGUAGCUGAUAAGGCACCGUCAAGGAGAAUAGCUGCAGAAUUUGUGCAAGCUAUAUUUGAUGAUGACGUAAACUUGGUAGCUACAAGCAUUUCGGCUACAGAAUUUGCGUCAGCCAGAUUCUAUGCUGACGCAUUUUUGAUAUAGCUACAAAAUUUGCGUCAGCUAGGUUUAAUGCUAGAGGAGAUAUGCUCAAGGCUGACGCAUUUUUGGUAGCUACAAGAGCUACAAAAUUUGCGUCACUAAAACCUCACCUUGACACAGUUCCUGUAGCCAUCACCACAAAUGCACCAGCACAAAAUUUGCGUCAGUAAGAGUUUGAUUCAAAAUUAACGCUCAAAAACAAGUUUAACAUGAGCAAUCCCCUGUUUUUAAAGGAACAUAGCAAGAUAAUUUUUUUAACAUGAGCAAUGCCCAAAAAAAUGUACUAGAUUUUGUAUAGCUCUUCAAAAUCCACAUUGUUUAUCUGCUUAACCUGAGCAAUGCUCAUUUUCAAAGGAACAUUACAAGAAAUUAUCUCUAAUAUGAGCAAUGCCAAAAAAUUCUUCCACAUAGCAUAACUCUCUUUAGAAUCCAUAUUUCUGAGUGCUCAAAAACCAAAAUUCAAAAAAAUUUUGGCUUAACAUGAGCAAUCCCCAAAAAAUCUACUAGAUAGUAUAACUCCCCUCAAAACCAAAAUUUUUCGAAUUUUUUUGCUUAACAUGAGCAAUGCCCCUAUUUUUUGCAGAGAUAUAGCAAGAAUGGAUGAAAAUGGUGCGAUUGAAAUCAUUGCAAAUUCGGCCGAUUUGAUUUAUGAUAAAAAUAAUUGUCUAGUUGAACAUUGGAACAUUGAAAGAUUAUUGAAUCAAAAUGAGCUGAUCAAAGGAGUUCAAGUGGUAUCAAAAGGAAAAGGAGAACCGGUGACAGCGAUUUGUGUGGCGAGAAGUACACAAUUUCAUGCGGCAAAAUUGAAGGAUGAAUUGAAGAGCAUGUGUAGAGAGCAUCGCGUGAGUUUUAGUGAAAAUUUGGUGGAUUUUGGAGCAUUUUCAUAGGGUUUACGUAAGAAUUCUUGAAAUUCUGAUGAAUUUUGAAGCCCGGAGCUUUAGGAUUGCUCAGAUUAGUUUCAGUAGAAAUCUGCUAGAUUUUGGACCAUUUUCAUUGGAUUUACCGAAGAAUUCUUGAAAUUCUGAUGAAUUUUGAGGCCUGGAGCUUUAGGAUUGCUCAGAUUAGUUCUAAUGGAAAUCUGCUAGAUUUUGGACCAUUUUCAUAGGAUUUUUCGUAGGAAUUCUUGAAAUUCUGAUGAAUUUUGAAGCCUGGAGCUUUAGGAUUGCUCAGAUUAGUUCUAAUGGAAAUCUGGUGGAUUUUGGACCAUUUUCAUAGGAUUUUUCGUAGGAAUUCUUGAAAUUCUGAUGAAUUUUGAAGCCUGGAGCUUUAGGAUUGCUCAGAUUAGUUCUAAUGGAAAUCUGGUGGAUUUUGGACCAUUUUCAUAGGAUUUUUCGUAGGAAUUCUUGAAAUUCUGAUGAAUUUUGAAGCCUGGAGCUUUAGGAUUGCUCAGAUUAGUUCUAAUGGAAAUCUGGUGGAUUUUGGACCAUUUUCAUAGGAUUUUUCGUAGGAAUUCUUGAAAUUCUGAUGAAUUUUGAAGCCUGGAGCUUUAGGAUUGCUCAGAUUAGUUUUAGUGAAAAUUUGGUGGAUUUUGGACAAUUUUCAUUGGAUUUUUUGUGAGAAUUCUUGAAUUUUCAAUAUUGCUCAGAUUAGUGGAAAUUUGGUGGAUUUUGAACCAGAAAAUUCAUUGAAUUUUAAAUUUUUUUUUUUUUAGGAAUUUUGGAGCCCUUGAAAUUUUUGUCCAGAAUUAUUUUUUUUUUUUAGAAUUUUUUAAACAUUGCUCAGAUUAAAGGAAAAAUCCAAAAAUUCCAAAUCCAAAAAAAAACAAUUUUUAAUUUUCCGGUGAAAUUACUCAAAAAUGAGCAUUGCUCAGAUUAGUUUCGAAAAUUUCCGAUUUUGUUUUUUUGCAGUUCCCGGUUCCCGACGUCUUUGCGUUCGUCGACGAUUUUCCACGUGUCCACACAAAAAUUCAAAAAUUUCGACUUCGCGCCAAAUUGCAGGCCGGAAAAAUUGCGGUUUUUUGA